AUGACCCUUUUCAUCACCACCACCAUGACCACUGCCAUCAUCACCAUCACUACCACCAUCACCAGGGUCAUCACCACCAUCACCAGCAUCACCACCAUCACCAUCACUACCACCAUCACCACCAUCACCAUCACCAUCAUCACCACCAUCACCAUCACCAUCGUCACCAUCACCAUCAUCACCAUUACCAUCACCACCAUCACCACCAUCACCAUCACCACCAUCACCAUCACCAUCACCAUCACCACCAUCACUAUCACCACCAUCACCAUCAACAUCAUCACCACCAUCACCACCAUCACUGCCACCAUCAUCAUCACCAUCAUCACCAUCACCAUCAUCACCACCAUCACCACCAUCACCAUCACCACCAUCACCAUCACCACCAUCACCAUCACCAUCAUCACCACCAUCAUCACCAUCACCAUCACUACCACCAUCACCACCAUCACCAUCACCAUCAGCAUCACCACCAUCACUAUCACCACCAUCACCAUCACCAUCAUCACCACCAUCACCAUCACCACCAUCAUCACCAUCAUCACCACCAUCACCAUCACUACCAUCACCAUCACCAUCACCACCAUCACCAUCAUCACCAUCACCACCAUCACCAUCACUACCACCACCAUCAUCAUCACCACCAUCACCAUCACCAUCAUCAUCACCAUCAUUACCAUCACCAUCAUCAUCACCAUCACCACCAUCACCAUCACCACCAUCACCAUCACCAUCAUCAUUACCAUCACCACCAUCACCAUUACCACCACUACCACCAUCACCAUCACCAUCACCAUCAUCACCACCAUCACCAUCACCAUCACCAUCACUACCACCAUCACCAGGGUCAUCACCACCAUCACCAUCACCAUCAUCACCACCAUCACCAUCACCAUCACCACCAUCACCAUCACCAUCACCAUCACCAUCACUACCACCAUCACCAGCAUUACCAGCAUCACCACCAUCAUCACCAUCACCACCAUCACCACCAUCACCAUCACUACCAUCACCACCAUCACCAGCAUCAUCACCAUCACCACCAUCGCCAUCACCAGCAUCAUCACCACAAUCACCAUCACCACCAUCACCAUCACCAGCAUCAUCACCACCAUCACCAUCACCACCACCAUCACCAUCACCAGCAUCAUCACCACCAUCACUACCACCAUCACCAUCACCAGCAUCAUCAACCAUCACCAUCAUUGUCACAAUCACAGUAAUGAUGGUACUCCACGUUUACUGACCACUUAUUCUGGAGUAGGACCAGCCCUUCAAGUGCUUGUCUCUGGGGAUGAAGAAGGUGUUGAGAGGGUUCGGAUGCCUUGGCGCUUUUGUGUUGGCCGGGAGUCACCCCGCAGGCCUGUGCAGAAGCCUUCCCUCUGCGUGAGCUGUGGCCGCAGGGGAGGGAAGGAGCCGCUUUGCCUGGUGUUCCUGCUGCUCACCGGCUCCGUGGCCUUCGUGGCCCCUCUGCUGUUUGAGCCUUACCCUCCCGUCCUGUAA